AUGAAAUCAGUUAUAUUCGUACUUCUUGCAUUUUUGUUGAAUUUUUCAGUUUCUUUAUUUUUACGGGUUGAAACUGGUCAUCAAAAUAUUGCCAUUGAUGGAAGUAAGUUUUUAUUGAUUUUUUUCUGAUAAUUUUUAAUUUAUUCUAAAUAUUUCAGGAGACACAUAUUAUGGUCAUUUCACAAAAAUAUAUUUCCACAAUUUGACAUGUAUAAAUUCAAUUGAUAUUAAUUGCUUAAAAGAAUUAACUGGUGCUGAAGAAAUGUAAGUCAAUUUUUUUAAAGAAAAAAUAUUAGGAUUCGAAAAUUUCCAGAGAUUUAUUAUAUUCUGAAUGUCAACGUGGAGCAUCUUGGAAAGUGGCACAUUAUACAAAUUCAAAACAACAUUUUCGAAUAAAAGAGGUCAUUUUGUAUUAGGAUUAUUCCUCCAAUAAUUAAAACAAAAUUUUUUCAGCCAAUCCAAGCGUUCAGUCUUCUUAUCUCAAGUCGUAUUGAUUUAUCAAUAAUUGAUGUUCAAGUUCAAUCUUGUAAACAUCACUUCAAAACAACAACAAAACCAUCAGAAUGUGAUCGAACUCAUCGACAUUCAAAUAGAAAUAAACAAGAAGUUAUAAAAGCGCAUGACAAUAAUUUGGAAUUUCAUAAAAGAUCGAAACGAAGUUCAGAAAGUCAUCAAAUAUCUGGAAAUUUAACAAUUGAACAAAAUAUUAUUGUUGAAAAGGGUGAAUUAUUGACAAUUGUUAGUGGAGCAAAAUUGAAAUUUUCGAAAGGAGUUGGAAUUAUUGUAAAAGGAAGAUUACAUAUAAAUGGAACUACUUAUAAUCCAGUUCAUUUUGAAUCAAUCAAUAAUAAUGAAAAAUGGAAUGGUAUUUAUUUUGAGAAUGGUAAGAAAAACACUAAUCUAUUAGUUGGUUAUAUAAUUUCAAUAAUUUCAGGUGAAAGUGGUUCUGUAAUUUCAAAUAUUUUAAUAUCUGGAAGUGAAACUGGUAUAAAAGUUGAAAAAGGAUUUGCACCAUAUAUGGAUCAUAUUAUUGUUCAGAAAAAUAAUUAUGGAAUUCAGAUGAAAGAUCUAACCACUCCAUCUUAUCUUCAUAAAAUAACUUCGAUAAAAAACGAAAAAACUGGAAUUGAAUAUGUAGGAAAGGUAUAAUAUAUUUGUUCAAACGGGUUUGUUAGGCGAAUUUAAUUGAAUCACAUUUAUGUCGAACUCACAAAUGUGACGAAUUAAUUCAACCAACCUAAACCCUUUCAUCACCUUAUUGUCUCUGUAUCUCAUAUCACAAAACUUCUCUCUCUCUCUCUCUGAAAUUAAAGCAGCAUGCAUUUAUUAUAUUUUCGCUACUACAUGUAUUCUCACUUGUCCUCGUUUUUGAUUAUUUUUUAUCAUCAUCAUCAUCAAUAAUAAAAUGUUGAUUUUUCUACGCAUGGGUCUUGUCACAAAGCAACACAAUACAGUACACCAGAUAAUUUAGGGAAUAUUAUCGAUUGAUAAUUGUGUGACAGCUUCGAAUGGAGGAUUGGGAAUAUUUGCGAAAACAAGUUCUAAAAUUACGAUAAGGUAUUGUUUUUGAAAAGAGUUUACUGGGAAAAUAUCUUGUAUUGAUUUUAAAAAUUGUGCCAACUGAGGCGAAUUGGAAAAAAUACUGAAACCAAUGUCUAGGUUACUCUUGAACUUUGCCAAUUUACCCAAGAUCAAUUUUCAGAUGACUACUGUAGAAUUCAAAUUUCAGAAAUGUAGUUCAUAAUUUCAAGAUAAUAUUUUAGAAAAUCUACAUCCUAUUCAAAUAAUGGAACAGGAAUUUAUAUUGGAACAAGGCAAGCAACAAUCGAAGAUUCGGUUUUGAAUUCAAACAGUCAUUUUGGACUUCAUUCUGAAAUAUCUGAGAAUCUUGAUAUAUCAAAUGUGAAUAUAUCUGCACAUUUUCUCAAUUUUGCAAUUGAUUGUUACCUGACUGAAAAUGCUCAAAUCAAUAUUUUCCAGUCGCAUUUUUUUGAUAACAAAAUAGGAAGUAUUCGAUUAUCCGGAAAUUAUAAUCAACCAAGUGUAAGUUAUUUUUGUAUAGAGUUUGACUUACUACCUCUAGACCUCCAAUUAUUUUGUCAAAAUUUUUUGUGGUAGAUCAAAAAUAUUUUUCUCCUUUGAAAAAUGCGGGAAAUUUUUGGAUAGUAAAUUACACAUUUUUUCAUUAUUUCAUCUGCUUGUUUUUUUUAAUUAAAAAAAAGUAAAUAUUUCAGGUUAAAAUUCGAGACUCCAAAUUCAUAAGAAAUAGCGGUGCUCAAAUAAUAUGGAAUGAUUUAGAAAAUGGCAAAAUUGAAGUAGAACACAGCGAAUUUUUAUCAAAUAGCGGAAAAGAGAAUUCGACUUUGUUAUUUAGAAACAUAACAGGUACAUAAUUUUGUAUUUCUUACUUUUUCCUCAAUUAUUUUGAUUCAGAUGGCAAAGUUAUUAUUGAUUCUUGUGAAUUUGCUCAAAAUAAAUACCCCGAAAUCAUUCGACUUCAAGAUUUAGCAAUAAAAGGAUCUGAAAUACAAAUCAGCAACUCAAAAUUCUUCAAAAAUGUUGCGAAUUCAAUAAUAUUCACGAAUUCACCAUCAGCUGAAAUAUCAAAUACAAAUCAAUUCGAAAAUCCGAAAACAGAUUGUGAUUUGACUUUUACUCUUCCAAGAAUUAUGAAAUCUUCCGAUGAAAACUUGAGAUUAUGUUCUGGAGAAUAUCAUAGUAUUCAAUCAGAUCAACCAAAACAUUCUGAAAAUGAUCAAAACAAAAAUGAAGAAUAUAUCAAAUUCACAAUAAAUCAAGAUGGAAUCAUAAAAUCAGCACAAACUCCUUAUUUAGUUGAACAAGAAAUUUAUGUUGAUGAUAAACUUAUUUUUGAACCUGGAACUAUUUUGGAUUUUGCACCAGGAAUUGGAAUAACAGUACAUCAAACUGGACAAUUUAUAAUAAAUGGAACAUCUGAUAAACCAGUUGUAUUAAGAGGAAGAAAUGGAAAUAUAUGGCGUGGAAUUGUAGCAAAACCAGAUUCGAAGUUGGAUUUGAAUAAUAUGAUAUUAGAAGAUCCAUCAAUUGGUUUAUGGAUUGAUUCGAAAAAUGUGAAAAUAAAUGGAGGAAGAAUAAAUCAUCCAAUUGUUCAUGGAAUUGAAAUAACAUAUAAUUCAAAUGAAAAUAUUGAUUUGGGUGGAAUUGAAAUUGAAUCAUCGAGUGAAUCUGCAAUUGGAAUUGAUGAACGAAGAAAUGAUUUGAGUAUUUCAAAUGCUCGAAUUAAAAAUGGACAAGGUUCUGGAAUUGAUUUUGUUACUCCUACUCAAAAUAUUGAAAUACGAGAUGUGAAUAUCAUAAAUAUGGGGAGUUAUGGAAUUCAUAUAUCAGAAUUUCCAUCGACUCCGUUGCAUUCUGUCUUGAUGUCAAAUGUUUCAAUUUUGGAGCAGAAAAGAGGUAUUUUUUUAAGGUAUUUUAAUUUCAUUAUAAUUUUCCUUUUUUGUUUCAGGAAGUGCUGGCAUUUUGAUAUCUGGUGGAUGGCUCAAAAAUGUUUCAAUUCAUAAUUCAAAGUUUUCUGGAAAUUCCGUCCCUUCUCUAAUUAUCGCAAUUGAAUGCAAUGAUGAUUCUGAAAAACUUAUUCGAAUUGAGAAUUCAAGUUUUUAUAAAAAUCAAGAUAUUGUUCAACAUGUUCAAUUGGGUGAAUGUGUUAAUGUUCAAAUGGAAAGAAACAAUUAUGAAUCAAACAAUUUGGAUGGUAUCGGGAGUACUGUAGUUAUAACAACUGGAAUAGAUUCUCAUUCAACUGAUUCCGUUGUUGAAAUUUCGAAGAAUAAUUUCACAUCAAAUUCUGGAAUUUAUUCAUUGACACUUGGAAAAGGAACUAUUAUGUAUGUUACGGAUAACGAAUUUAUGAAUAAUUCAAAUUCUGGAGCUGUGAUUAAAGUGGAAGGACAAGAUGUUAAAUUAGUCACAAACACUUUCAAUAAUCCAAAAACUCAAUAUACAAUAAAUUAUAAUGAAGAAACACCAUUAGAAGUUGGAUAUAAUAAUUGGAAACAAACUGAAAAUAUAAUUGAUUUGAUUGAUGCACCAAAACAAUCAAUUCGAAUCAGCGAGACAAUGCAACAAAAUCAAACACAACUACAAAUUGAUAGUCCACCUUAUAGUGCAAAUGAAGGAUGUGCACAUUUAAAAUAUUGUUCACAUCGAGGAACUUGUCGAGAUUCAAUAUGUAUUUGUCCACAUGGAUUUACUGGAUUCGAUUGUUCAAUUUCUGUAGUUUGUAAUUGUUCGGGAAAUGGUUUAUGUGAUUUAUUCAAUAAUUGUAUUUGUAAUGGAGGAUGGAGUGGAAAUAAUUGUGAAAUACCAAAAUGUUAUAAAGAUUGUAAUGGAAAAGGUAAAUGUGUUGGACCAAAUCAAUGUGAAUGUAAUAAAGGUUGGAUUGGUGAGAGUUGUACAACUACAACUUGUAUUGAUUCGAAAUGUUUGAAUGGACAUUGUUCUGAUGGAUUAUGUAAAUGUGAAAAUGGAUGGAAAGGUUCAAGAUGUCAAGUUCCAAUUUGUAAUGAAUGUUCAUUAAAUGGACAAUGUACAAAACCGGAUAAUUGUGAAUGUUUUGAUGGAUUUUAUGGGAAUUCUUGUAUACAAAAAGAAGAAGAAUGUGAUUUUGAUUGUGAUAAUGGAAUAUGCAAUGAGAACACGAAAACAUGCUCUUGUCAUGGAAAUUGGUCUGGCGGAGCUUGUGAUAUUUGUAAAACAAAGGAUUGUGACCAAGCCUCAACUGUAUCAUUUAUUCAACCAAGCACAGCUCAUUUAGAAGAUACGAAUACAGUUGUCACUGUUUUUGGCACAGAUUUUAAUAAGUAAGUGAUCUUUGAUUUUGAAAAAAAACCAACCAAGUUGGUUUUUUCAAAUUGCCAAUUUUAUAUUUUUUUCUAGAACUCCCAAUAAUUCCUAUAUUUGCACAUUUGGUCGAACUACAGUACUUGGUGUUCGAAUAACUUCAGGAAUUUUAAGAUGUCCAGUUCCAGCAAAUAUGACACUUGGCCGUCAUUUAUUUACAGUAUCCAAACCGAAUUCUUUCGAAACAAUAUCUCAUUCACCAAUUCAUUUCACAAUAUUUGAUGGUUGUGAUCCUUCGAUUUGUCAAGGUUCAUGUUCAGGUCCAUUAUGUAUUUGUCCACAAGGAAAAACUGGAAUUCUAUGUGAUGUUAUUGAAUUGAUACCUACCAUUGAUCAAAAGUUUUUACAACAUCAAAAAGUGAAUGAAGCUUUCGAAGGAACUCCAUAUGUUGUUAUGCUACCAACAUUAUCUUCUUCUGUUCUUCGAGUCAAUUCAACAAUUCCUGGAUUGAAUUUUAUAUCAUCGAAAGGAAUUUUGGCAUGGCCUGAACCUAUUGGUUCUCUUGAUCCAUAUUCAGUUACAGUAACCGCAUUUUCACCAGCUGGAGAAAGUAAUAUUUCAUGGAAUGUGACAGUUCGACCUGAAUAUUCUGCAAAAAUCAAUAAUAUUGAAGUGAAAAAUGGAGUUGCAAUUAUUAAUGGAACUAUUAUGCCACCAAAUUCAGUAAAAAGAAAAGUUCCGAUUGUUAUACGAGUAUUAUGUAAUGGAAUUGUUGAUGAAAUAUUAUCCGAAUCUGAAAUAUCUGGAAAUAUUGAAUAUUCUUAUAUUCCAAUGGCUCCUGGAACAUGUUCUGUUUCUAUAUUUCAUCCAGCAGAUUUGAAAAAUUCUCAAAAUCCCACACAAUUCACAAUUCCUGAAUUUAAUAUGAAAGUAAAUGGACAUUCUGAUGAUUCAUCUCUUCAAAUUCAAGUUGUUUCAAAUUCUUCAAAUUGUAAAACAAGACUCAUUAAACCAUUUGGAAAAAGCAUUGAAAGUUUUGAAAGUGGAAGUGAAGUUAUUUUGAAAUAUGAUCAAGAAUGGCAAGAUGAAGUAUUUGCUUGGGUUAAAUGUGGUGAUUCACCAAUUGAAAUAGUUCAUGCACCAGCAAAUGAAAUAGUGACAGUUUCACCGAAUUAUAUUUCAACAAGUGAUCCAGCAAAUCAACAAUUUGAAUUGGAAAUUAAAGGAAAUCCAAAUGCUGAAAUAAAAGGGCCAAUUAGAGAAAAGAAUCGAGAACAAAUAAAUAAUGAUAUAACUCGAGUUACAAUUGAAUUGACUCAAACAAAUGGAUUAAUUGAAAUUGGCGAGUCGAAUAUUACAAUUGUUUCACAAUCACCUGAUUAUUCACUGUUCAAAAUAUGUGCGAGAGAUGAAUGGGAUGGACAAGAACAUGCAUUAUCAACUAUUGAAGUUGCAACAAUUACAAUAUCAAAUCCACAAAAAGGUGUUCUUAUUUCAAAACCAAAUAUUCGUUUGAAUGUUCAAUGGGCUGAAUUCACAAUAAUUCCUGGAAUUUAUAGUCUACAAAUUCAAAGCGAAUCUCAUUAUCCAUUUGAACAAAUUAUUAAUUUGGAUACAAAUAAUUCAACAUUUUGCGUUGAUUUGAGAUCAUCAAAAAUGAAAUCUUUUCCAAGUCUUCAACAAAAUGGUCGGAAUAUUUUGUCAAUCAAAAAUUUUGGAGAAGAUUCGCUGCCUUAUUUGAAAUUCUCACCAUCUUUGGUGACAAUUCCGGGUCAAAAAAUAUUGGUGACACCAAAAGGAAAUUUUGAUGGAACAAUUGGUUUAUGGAAUCAAAAAAUUGAUCCAGUUUUUGAAAUUUUGCCAAAUCGAAGAUCAGUUAUGCUAAAUCAAUCAUUUUGGAUAACUGUUAUUUGGGAUCUGAAUCAGAUUUCAGAAGAUUAUUGUGAUGUUAAUCAAAUUGAAAUUCCAUUUGUAUUUCUGCCGAAAAAUGGAGAUUUAGCAAUUCGAUUGAGUUCACCAAUUCUUGUCGAAAUCAAACCAACUGCAAAAAGAAUAUGUGAUUCAAAUAAUCAAGAAAUCGAGAUUGCUAUGUUGACAAAAGUGAAAUGUAAUUGUGGAGACGGAAUAAGAAGCAAAUGUCGAAAUAUUUAUAGACCAGCAAAUGCUUGUGAUAAUUCAUGGCUGAAAAUAUCAGAUGAUACUGUAUCUUUGGAAGUUUUGAUUUCAUUUCUCUCAAUGUUGUUUGAAUGUACAGAAGUUUCUGUUAAUUUUCAUGAAAUUCGUCAAUCAUUGGAGUAAGUUAUUUUAUUUUUGAAAAAAAACACUUUGAAAAAAUAUAAAUAUUUUUAGAUGUGUUGCAUCGAUAGAAAAUAAUUGUCCGAUUGGAAAUCGAGUCAAACGAAACUUCCAAAUGGAUUCUCCUGUUAAUAUUGUUAAUCAUGUAAGUUCAAUCUUCUUGUCAAACACAUAACUCUUUUAUAUUUUCAGUUAGCAUCUGUAAAAAUGGAUCUUGGAAAAGUGUUACCAAUUCUGAAUGCAUUGGAUGUUCAAACAAUUCGAAUAUCAACUGUUUUUAUUGAUUUUAUUGAUCAACUUGAAAAAGUAUUUCCUUCGGAAUAUUAUCAUAAUUUGAAUAGAAAUCAGGUUGAUCAAUUUAUCAAAGCAAUAUCAGAUGAUUCAGAAAGUUCGAAUUAUAUAAGUGAAAAAGAAUUUGAUGUUGGAUCAAAAGAUCUGAUGAAUUUAUGGAAUAAUACAGUAAGAAAUUGGAAAUCAGGAAAAGAAUCGAUUUUGAAUAAUGAAAUAUCGUAUCUUGAAGCGAAAAAACUGGUGCAAACAUCGGAUAAAUUGAAAUCAAUAACAAGACAAAAUGGAGCAACGAAUCCUUUUGAAAUGUUGAAUGGUUAUAUGGGAAGAAUGUUAGAAACAUCAGGAGAUGAACAAAAAGAAUGUGCGAGUGGAUUAGUUAGUUUUGAAAAAACUGAAAUUGAAGAAGGUGGAAAUGUUCGAGUGAGAGUUUUUGUUGAAAAUCUAUCGAAUUCAACGUUAACUAAUAUUGGAGUCAAAUUAUCAUUUGAAGGUAAACUAACUUUUUUUAGAAAAAAAAACAAAACUCAAAAUAUUUCAGGAGACUCGGAGAAUAUACGUUUCGAAUUAGGUCCAUCUUGGUCCUCCGGAAUUCAGAGUCUGAAUGGUAUGGGAAAUUUAGGAUCAACUGGUAACUUUGAAAUUCAUUGGACGAGAUAUGUGAAUGUUAUAAGGCGACUAACAAAUAGUCACGUUUUUCCAGGUAAACCGAAAUUUUCAGAUAAUUUUGAAAGAAAAUUCCAAAAUAUUUCCAGCCGAUUAUUACAUUAGCUUUUUCAAACAAUGGAAGACAAACUCAACAAAAACUAGCUUCUCCAGAAAUCCGAAUAAUUCCCAAGAAAACAGUAAAAGCUAUAAAUAUAAUUCGAGAUGAAUUAUCACCGCCUUCUCUCAAUUUUUCACUGAUUUCAUCAAUUAUAAAUCCAGGAUAUUCUACUCUUUCAAACUUACAAAUUAUUAUUGAUUCAAUAAAAAUGGAUGAAAAUAUUAAAGAUUUAGAAGUUGAAGAUGUUCGAAUAAAUGGAAAACCAGCCAAAUCGAGUUUGAGACAAAGAUUUGAUGAAAUGCAUAGUGGAACAACAAAAUCGAUACGAAUUGCAUUGAAAAAUAUGGUCAGUUCUGAUAUAUUUAUUUGUGAGAUUAUUUUCAAAAAAAAAUAUUUAUUUUUCAGAUUCCAAUAAAAUCGGCUAAUAUAACUUGUAUUGAAAAUAACAAAUUGUUAACAAUGGAAUCAAUUGAAACAUAUGCAAUCCGAGCUUCCGGACCAUCAGAUUAUGGAAUGCUUUUAGCUCCACCACAUCAAACUGUUCCAUUAUUUUUCUUCCAACAAUCAUCUGCUCAAAUAAAUAAUGUUAUUAAAUUGGAAUAUUUAUCAUCUCAACAAGUUAAAAUUGCUGAUCCGGAUAGAACUAUUUAUAUGGCGGCUUUCAAAAAUUCGUAAGUUAUUUUGAAGUUUUAAUGGGAAAAGGUUUCCUUGUAAAAGGAAUUUGUUAUUUUCUCUAUUUUCCUAGGGUCUGGUUUUUGGAAGCAUAAGAUUUGAAAUAUCUAUUUAAAACCCACGUGGCUCCAUUUCUGGCAAAAACAAAAUUUUCAAUUAAAUAUUCGAAACUACAGACUCAAUAAACUAGGGAGUUUUUGAUCAGUUUUUCAAAAUUUUCAAAAUCUUCUUAUGAAAAAUUUGAAACGUAUGAUUUUUGGGAACUUUUUGGGAAAUUUUAAUUUGGCGCGAAAAUUAGAACAGGGGAAUUUUUCGCGCCAGUAAUUUUAAAACGUAUAAUAUUUGGGAUGAGAUAUGAAAAAUUUGAUAAUUUCGAAACUGAAGAAACAAGUUGGAUCAGUUUUUCAAAAUUUUCAAAAAUUUCUUAUGAAAAAAUUGAAACGUAUAAUUUUUAAGAAUUUUUUGGAUGAUCAAAAUUGGUGCAAAAAUUAGAAUGGGGUAUUUUUCGCGCCAAAAAAAAAAUAAAUGCCACGUGCAUGGUUCUAUUUUUGGUGCAAAAUUUUUGAAGAAAUUUUUUUUUGAAGCUCCAAAUUUCAUAAAAUGAUCGAAUCAGCUUUUCAAAAUUUUCAAAAUCUUCUUAUAAAAAAUUUGUAACGUAUAAUUUUUUGGGAGAUCAAAAAUUAGAAUGAGGCGAAAAUUAGAAAUAUUUUUUAGAAAAGUAUUUUUUCAGUGAAUCUUCAAGUUUCAAUGGUGCACUUUGGGCAACAAUGCCAAUACCUGAAUUACCAGGUGAAAAAAAUAAAUUGAUUCGAAUAAUCGAACAUUCUUCAAGUCGUCCAAGAGAAUUACAAGCUGUUCAAUGGUUUUCCAAAGAAAAUGUUAGUUUUUUGCAGUUUUCUUUUCUGUUUCAAUUUCGAAAAUUGUUUUUUUUCAGGAUGUUGAUAUGAUAAAUUGGAUCGAUUCUGGACUUUCAAUUCCGCAAAAAGUGUUAACUUAUGAACUUCAAUUUUCAAACGAGAAAAAAUGAAGAAUCAGAUAAUUCUCCUGAAUUUGAUGAAGUUCGAUAUCGAAUUGAAGUCCCAAUUGGUUCAAAAAAUCAAGAAAUUGGACAAAUUAUUGCAAAUGGAGAUGGAUUAUUAGAAUAUUCAUUGUUUUCACCAAAUAAUGAUGAAAGAUAUUCAAUCGAUUCAAAAACUGGAAAAAUCUAUCAAAAAAGUGGUUCUGAACCACCAUCUGAUAUUGAAUAUUGUUUAGUUUUGGAAGCAAAAGAUUCAAAAGGAAGAACUUCGCGAGUUCCAGUUUCUAUAAAUAAUGGAGGAAUGAGAAAUAAUUGUAAUUUAUUCAGUAUUGAUGGUUUGAGACCAUUGAUAUUUUCUGGAAUUAUUGAAAAUCACACAUCAAGUCCGAUUCCUAUUCCAACAACUUCGAUAUUCGAAUCAACUCAUUCUACAUUUCCUGAUAGCACUUUGGAGAGUGUUACAACCAUCGAAACGACUACUGAAAUCACAGAUACUUCUACUGAAGUUAUGAGUUCAACAACUUUUGAAACAUCAGUGCCAACAACCGAAAACAUACCAGAAAAUGUUACAAAUUUCGAAGUUUCUACUCUGGAAUAUGCUUCAACAUCUGAAACAUCUACUGAUUCGACACCAAUUGAAAUAACAACUUUGGAAGGGGUUACAGAUAGAACAUCUAGUUCUGGAACUGAUAUUCCAGAAACUACAACUGAUUUUUUGACAACAUCAAAUUUUGAAUCAACACAAAGCACAUCUGGAUUACCAACAACUUCUGAAACAGUCGAAACAGGAACUGAAACUACAAUUGAUUAUUCUUCAACAACAAUGCUUCCCGAGACCUCACCUACAGAUUCUGAAACAUCUGAAUCACCAACAACCCCCUAUGAAGUGACUGGGAUUCUUCCAACUGAUCCAACAACUCAAUCAACCACUGAAUUAAUAUAUACAGUAACUUCUGACAGUAAUCUAGAACCAAUUACACAACCAAUAUUUACAAUAACACCAGAUCCUUCACCGGAAACUCUUCGAACUAUUAAACCAGAUGAUUCUUCGAUGACUACAGUUUCUACAACAAUUGAAACUUCGACAGAAGAUGUUUCUGAAUUAACAACAACAACAACAACAAAAUCAAUCGAAUCAACAACAUUAUUACCUGCAAUUCAACAAGCUUGCGAACUUGUCGCCCAAUCACCAAUUUAUAAAAUUGUUUGUGAUUUAUCAAAUAUUUCUGAAUCUACAACAUAG